CCCUUAUCAGAUUUAAUUACGAUGACGCCUGCCACAUGCAUAGUCAAUUUUGAGACGGAUUCUCGCUUGUUUAUAGGCUUGCACAACCUACGAGUAAGUAACCAUUUGAAAGAGCACAUAUUUUUCUACGAUAUAUGAAAUUUUAAGAAAAUCUUAUGGAAGAGCGGGCAAGAUUUUUAUAUUUUAACAGACAGUUGUUCAAAGCCCAUAUAAUUGGGUUAAUAUGACGCGCGAAGGGCAGUCCUGUUUGAGUGGGAUUUUCGUUCAUUUUCAGGCUUGCACCACUUUAAUACGUGUAUGUAACCAUUUGAAGGAACAUAUAAUUUUAUACAAUACAUUAAAGUUUAAAAAAAUUGCAUAGAAUAGAGGGCAAGUUAUGGAUGGUUAAACAGGCAAUUUUUGACGCACACAUAUAUAAAUGACUUUGUGUAUAUAUCAGAUUUAAUUACGAUGACGCCUGCCACAUAGUCGAUUUUGAGACGGAUUCUCGCUUGUUUAUAGGCUUGCACAACCACAACCUACGAGUAAGUAACCAUUUAAAAGAGCAUAUAUUUUUAUACAAUAUAUGAAAUUUAAGAAAAUCCUAUAGAAUAGCGGGCGCAAAAUCUACAAAUUAACGGGAAGUUCCUCGCAACGCAUAUAAUAAAUGGCUUAGUAUAUAUAAGACACGCGGUAAUACAGCCGGUCCAAUUUGAAUGGGAUUUUCGUUCAUUUUAGGGCUUGCGCAACCUACGAGUAAGUAACCUUUUGAAAGAGCAUGUAAUUCUAUACAAUAUAUGAAAUUUUAAGAAAAUCCUAUAGAAUAGCGGGCGCAAAAUCUACAACUGAAUUAGCCUAACAGGAAGUUCUUCGCAACGCAUAUAAAUGGCUUAUAAUAGUAUAUAAGACACGCGGUAAUACAGUCCAAUUUGAGUGAGAUUUUCGUUCAUUUUAAGGCUUGCGCAACCUACGAGUAAGUAACCUUUUGAAAGAGCAUAUAAUUUUAUACAAUAUAUGACAUUUUAAGAACAUCCUAUAGAAGAGCGAGCAAGAUUUUUACAUUUUAACAGACAGUUGUUCAAAGCUCAUAUAAUUGGCUUAAUAUGACGUGAUAGAAUGUCCAAUCUUUCUCGGCGACGCUUGCGACCGUCAAUUAAGAACUAGCCAAUAGAAAGGCGCGUUCCGAAGGGUGAAGAUUUACUGAUAAUAACACCAUUUUUAGCGAUCUUGUUUGCGUCGUGUGUUUCGGAUAUUAAGCAUGUUUAUAUCGUUAGUUCUUCAGAAAAGCGCAACAAAUGAUAUUAUGUUAUUAACAUAUCAAAUUAUUACUCAUAUAAAGCGUAAAUGUACGGAUACCAAAGUUGUUGUAUUUACGGAAGGAUAAAAUUAACACAACCGGGCCCUGCGUGAAAUUAGACAGUUCAACUUUGCGCGAGUUAUUUAUCGCGGUAUCGCGAUAUGGAAAUGAGUUCAACGCUUGACAUUACUUUUGAAUACAUUCUCUAGAAUGGUCAUCAAUCAAAAUUUUACGUUUUUCGUUAUAAAGGUAAAAAAAUAAGGUUUUAAACGAGCUUUGCUAUCUAUCCCACCGCUGACCAGCCCCUUUGUCAGAAAAAAACAGUGAUCUUUCACAAGCUACCAUGGACGAACGGAACGGAAUAAUGUCUUCAUUUUCCCUCACGUACUAAGGAAUAUGACAAGUAAAAAUGGUCUUUCAAAAAAAUUGGAUUUCCAUUAAUUAGUGGUUAAGCGGCCAAAGCAGUUUAUUUACAAACUAGUCGUUCCAGCUCCAGGUUGAAAUCGAACCUGGAGCUGGCUCCAGGUUCGCGAACCUGGAGCUGCGAACCUGGAGCCGUCUGUCUCGUCAUAUUUACUUAUCCAACCAACCUCAAUAUCUGAAAAGUAAAAGAGAUACGGAAAAACUUGAUAAUAAAAGUAAAUUUAUAUUAAAUUAUAUUAAAUAAAUUACCAAUAAAAGUAUAUUUGGAAUAGUGUAAAUUUCAGGGUGCGAUAAUUCGCGUAUACCGGAGGUACGCCAAAUUUAUGGUCUGGUACUUCUUUGUUUUUAGGCAAGUACCACGUAGGUACGAGGGAAUUUGCUAUUCGCGUACUUACAUUUUCCUUCUAGCAAUAACUAGCAAACCUGCGAAAGUAUUCAAAACGUGAAGAACUUUAGCUGUAGAUGUAAAUUCCACGCAUCCGACAUAUUUUGGGAUGAAAAAAGCCAAAAGGUUAUCUUUGCGCUUGAUCAAAAAAUUUAUCGUUAUCAUCCGACUGAAAAAAAUCACUCGGGUGAGCGAUUUUAAAGUCGUUAUCGUCAAACGCCGAUAAUUUUAUCGUUUUUGUUGUAGUGUGGACACCAACAUAAUUUUUUUACCAAUCAUCGCGUAUUUACAAGUUAUCGUAUCAUCGUUGUGUGGUGUGACCUGGGCUUAAUUGUCAAUGCUAUACCAAGGCCUAAAAAUAAAAUACCUGCAUGUGGGCUGGUUGUGGGCUGCUCGAACAGCGUGCCAAAAUGGCGUCUGUUGUCACAAUAAUUAUUGAACCAAAUUGCCUAAAUUCGUCCGUAGGAACUACGCAUCUCUAGUUAAUAUUGAUGUCGGGGCUCUACUGAAAAUCGCCCAGCAAAAAAAACGCCAUAACCAUGAAAAAAAUAUUUUAAAAAAUUUUUAUUUCCGACCUACCUACCCUAAUUUUUUCGCGAUAUGAAUCCGGAACCACAGGUUUUUUUUUAGGUCCAAUGAGGAAAACUACACUGUAUUAUAUAGCUGAGGUCAGACUGUUUAGCACCCUCGGUAAAUCCACUGUAAAUGAGCGAUGGCAUUCGAGUCACAACGUCGACGCUUUGAAAACUGUUAUAUUAUGUUGUACAAAUACCAUAAUUAAAGAUUCAUUUGUUCAAAAUUGCCAUACAUUUUUUGCUUUUGGACCAGUAAACUAUACGUAGGUAUAAAAAUGCAUGACUCGGAAUUAGUCUUCGGUACGUCUUGACUCUUAAGUUUGUACCAGACCAGGUACGCGACAAAAGUUGUCGGAGUACCAGUCAGGUACGGCUAAAAAUAUUGAAUUAUCGCACCCUGCAUGUCAUAUUGCCCAAAACUGGAUAUUUCAUUUGAUAGAACUACCAAACUUUUGUAUAGUAAACAUUUUGACCAUGCCCAUAGGUACUCAAGUUGUGAAUUCAGUAAACAGUUCAAUGGAAACACCACUACAUGUUGCAUGUAUGGUGAACAAUGCUAAAGGAGUUCAGGUACUAUUGUAGGGAUGUACUGAGAAUCUGGUUAAUCCAUUAAGUUGCAUUGUCAUAUGAGUCACGAUUUAAGUUCUUAAAUCGUUACUAUUUUUAGGGUUGGGAUUAGGGGUUGGAUUAGGGAAAGGAUUAAGAUUAGGGUUAGGAUUAGAGAAAGGGUUAGGUUUAAGGUUAAAAUACAAAAGAAUACAAAAUUUAAAAAGUCUAAAAAUGGUAACUCUUCCUAAAACGUGGCAGGUAAAUGCAUUAUGCCCUAGUACACCUUAAUUUAUUAUUUUACUCUGUUAUUGAUUUCAAGUCACUACUUUUCAACGCGCGGUUCCCAAGUUCGUUGCAAACUUGCCAAUUACGUUUCCAAGUUCAAAAAUUAGGCGUGAACUUCGCAUUUCACUUCAAGUACAUUUCAAUGUUUGAAUUAUUGUAAACAAAUAUUCAUAGUUUAAGUUGAAAUUAACAAUUCAAUGGAAAGUUGUUGUUCCAGUGGUCUACCAAGAAGGUUUGUACAGUAUUUCAUUAAAUUGGUUAUUAUUAUUUAUAUGAACAUUUGUUUACAAACCUGAAGUUCAAACAUUGAAAUGAACUUGCGAACUUUGUUGCAAAGUUCGCGCCCAAAUUUCCGAACUUGGAAACGUAAUAGGCCAGUUUGCAACGAACUUGGGAACCACGCGUUGAAAAGCGACUUGAAAUCGACAAUAUUAACACCUGAUUAUUUUAAUACUCUGUCUAACACCAGACGAAUUUAUGUACUUGCCAAGCCCAAGGUGAGAGUGUUGGCACUGAAUGGGUUAAGCAAUCAAUAAGCUUCGUCAAUGUGCCCUGAUGCUACUCGUCAAGGCAUAGUCAAUAGAAUAGAGCUGUGCAAACUCCGAUUAUUUUAGCUCCGGCAGUCAAAACUCCGGUUCCGGCAAGGAAAUUUUAAGGAAAUUUCACAUUUAAAAGUAGAAACAGGCGAAAGUAUUUCAGUGUAAUUUCAGGAUUUAUUUUAUUCCUUUUUGAGCUUUCUCCUUUACUUACCAAAUAUACGUGCUUUGGUGCUUGUUUAAUUAAACAAUGUUUUGUAGAAAGUAAAACCGCAUGGCAGCGUGGUAUUUUCGCCCAGAAUACAUCGGAGUCUGAGCAGAUUUUUGUAUCAAAAGCGAUAGCAAUGCGCUUGCAGAAUUUUCGAAGCCUCGAAUCGGAGCAAGUAAUUAAACUUUAUAGUAACUUCAAAUCAUUUAACUUAAUUUGUCCAUUACCAAAAGUUCAUUGAAGUCACGUGAUUUGCAAACAAAGAAUUACACAAUGGUUAAAUGAGAACUUAGCUAUUGGUUGCUCUGGCGAAAAAACAAUACAUACGUUGAUAAAAACAUAGAUAUAAUGAGAGGUCUAUUACGUCUGCAUUGAGUUUUCUAACUUUCUUAUUUUAUUGAGAACGCUGUCACUCGAUGGUUUAUAUAAACUGUUAAACUAAUUCAGUUCAUUAUCCCACAGCUUCUACUUGAAAAUGGUGCAGAUAUGAACUUACCAAGCCAGUAUGCAUAUCCAAUCCACUCUGCAGCCAAAUACAACAGCAAUGACUGUGUCAAACCUAUCGUGAAGUUUGAUGAACAAUGUGUGCACGUUAAAGAUACUAAAUAUGGUGGCACACCAUUGCACUGGGCUAAAACUAGACAGGUACUGUAUCUUUGUUCUUUUCUGCACUUAGCAAUUUUCAUUCGUUUUACAAAUUGGUGGGUUUCAGUAACCUGCAUGCAUGGCCAUAGAAAUGACAGCUGUUGUUUUCUGUUUCAGACUGUGGAGCUGUUGCUAGCAGCAGGCGCUGAUAUCGAGGCAGGAAACAACGAGUGUGAAACUCCACUGCAUAUUAUGAUCAAGAGAAAACGUCUGCAAUGUGUUGUGUGCUUGUUGUCGCAUGGAGCUGAUGUCAAUGCCUUGGGGAUGGAGAAUGAUACACCACUACAUAUGGCUGUAAAAGUAGGUUCAUAAUACCUACAAAUGAAGAUUAAACUGGAUGUAGCUUUAUCAGUUCUAAACUGUUCUCCCAAGAGAUCCAGUGAGAGUCAUUUCUUAUUGAUCCAGUGUUACUACAGGAGGAAACCUAAACUAAACUAACUUUAUUUAUACGUACUGGAUAGCUCUAUCAGUUCUAAACUGUUUUCCAUAGGGAUCCAGUAAAAGUCAUCUCUUAUUGAUCCAGUGUUACUACAAGAGAAAACCUAAACUAAACUAACUUUAUUUAUACUGGACAGCUCCAUCAGUUCUAAACUGUUCUACCUAGAGGUCCAGUAAGGAUUAUCUCUUAUUGAUCCAGUGUUACUACAGGAGGAAACCUAAACUAACUUUAUGUAUAUACUGUACUGGAUAGUUCUAUCAGUUCUAAACUGUUGUCCGUAGAGGUCCAGUAAGGACUGUCUCCAGACUGAACUAACUUUAUUUAUACUGAAUAACUUUAUCACUUUUAAAUUGCUUUCCCAAAAUCUAGUAAGGACUAUUUCUGAUUAAUCCAGUGUUAUUGUAGAAGGAAGCCUAAAAAAACAACUGUAUUUAUGUUGAAUACCUCCAUCAGUUCUAAACUGUUCUCCCUAGGGGUCCAGUAAAAGCCAUCUCUUAUUCAUGCAGACGUGUUUCUUGUGUUUGAAUAUAGGUUGGAGAUGUAAACGUCGUCAAAGCAUUGAUCGUGUUCGGUGGAGAUAUAAACGCAGUGAAUAAGAAGAAUGAAACUCCACGCCAUCUUGCUACUGUGUCCAAAAGUCGUUUCAGGAAUCAGAUUAUUCAUGCGCUGUGUCUUGUGGGAACUACCCCAUGUGAUCCAAGGAAGUGUAACUAUCAAUGUAAUGUACCAUUCAAGCCGUCCACGUAUCCUCUAGGUAAGUGAGAGCAAUGGCAGACUGGUAUCCAGUCGAAAAAGCAUGUCCAUAUACUGUAUGGACUAGCCAAACACCGAUCUAGCCAAUGAAACAUGCUAAAACUAUCAUGUUUCGCUCGCUACUCUGGUUUAAAUAAAUGAUUACAAAGCCCAGUCGAAUUGUAAUCAAGACCCAACGUUUCGACACUCCAGUCUAGUGUCUAAUUCAUCAGGGGUGAUCUAAAAUUGCAAUCGUGGCUUCUUAAAUACCCAAGGGAUGACGUCACCUGCCAAUGAGAUGCAUAUAUUUCUCUGGCAAAUAGGCACCGUCAUCCCUAUUCAAAGCAUGAUUACUCAUAUUUAUAUGCCAUGCUUCUAGGCAAAGUCUUUGACCAUAGCGAGGUACAACCACAUGAGGUACAGCCAAGUAUAAAUUAAUAUUUAAACAUGCUUACGUGAGAUAGGUCUUCUCAUUUUAUUAGCCACUAAUGAUUUUAUUGAAGAAGGGAAAAUUCGUUUUAUUUUCCAAGAGUUCGAUGAAUUUCGCAUCAAGAAUUGUUUCGUCUUUGCUUUAGGCGACUAUAUACCGAAUUCUACGUCGCCUUAAGAUUUCGUCGCCGUUCAAUCGGACGCACCGCAAAGUAAAUAAAACCGUCAAUGAAAGGAAAUUUUAGAAGAUAUGUAACCCAAAUAAACUCAAAAUGUCAUCGCGCUUCUAAAUGUUUGAAAAACUUAAACCGGGAUCAAAGGUACACUGUACAGUGUAUGUCAGUGAAAAUCUCACCGCGUUGUGGAAUAGCUUCAAGUGCGUCUGGCAGGGUGGGAUAAUUCGCGUACUUACGUACCGGAGGUACAGCCAAGUACCACGUAGGUACUCGGAAAUCUUGCUAUCUGCGUACUUACUUUUUGCUGGUACCACAUGACUUUCCAAGCCCAAGGUAUUCAAUACCGUAAUUUAGUUGGUAUAUCAUGUCAUGUGUCUGAGAUGUCUUGGCAUGAAACAUGAUUGGACUGAUGGCACUAAGAAACGUUGGAGUCGAUUGUUUGUAUAUGAAAUUGUGCUUCUUUUUCCACCUCGUAGUCUGAACAUACUUUUCAGAAACCUGUACUUCAUGAACCUUAUUUUAAAGACUAAAACACAUUGAGUUAUUUUGAGUACUGAGUUUGUAUAUACUACCUCAAGUAUGCGGCAACAACCAUUGGCGUACCAGUCAGGUACGACUAAAAAUAUCAGUGAAUUGUCGCACCCUGCGUCUGAGCCUUACAUGGAAUUAAAUUAUCUGGUCAAACGAGAAUGAGAAUUGAGAAGCGAGAGUUUGCAUGAGAGUUUUCUCAACUCUCAUGCCCAAGCCAACGAGAACAAAAGUUGCAUGAGAGUUGAUGAAAGUUUGACGGUCAAACGCGAGCGAGUGUUGCAACCUCUCAUCAACUCUCAUUCUCGUUUGACCGAGGCUUUAAAUUCGCAUCCCCAACAUUUCGCCGUCAUUGAAAUAAUGUGAUUGAAAAAUAUUCAUAUCUUCCAUUAUACAGCGGCUGCAGAGCCGGGAAAUGAGUUGUCAAAGGCACGAGGAGAUGUCUCGGUGAAGCUUGAUGACGUAGCUAAGAUCAUGGCGGCCGGAGCUCAUGCUAAUGUUAAAUAUACAAAAUCUGGAGCGGGUAGAAACGAGAACGAUGGACAGUCAAUUAUGAAGAAGAAGAGGAAAGAUGACAGCGCACUUUGUUUAGGUAAUGGUAGGAGAUAUACGUAAGGGUGGUGGGGUAAGGAUGUAGCUAAGGGUAAUAUGGUGAGGGUAUAGGUAAGGGUGGUGAGGUGAGGAUAUAGGUAAGGGUGGUGGGGUGAGGAUAUAGGUAAGGGUGGUGGGGUGAGGAUAUAGGUAAGGGUGGUGGGGUGAGGAUAUAGGUAAGGGUGGGGGCAAGGAUACAAGUAAGGUGUUGAGGCAAGGAUAUAGGUAAGGGUGAUGGGGUGAGGAUAUAGGUAAGGGUGGUGGGGCCAGAGUAUAGGUAAGGGUGGGGUAAGGAUAUAUAGAUAAGGGUGAUGGGGUGAGGAUAUAGGUAAGGGUGAUGGGGCAAGAAUAUAGGUAAGGGUGGGGAUAAGGAUAUAGGUAAGGGUGAUGGGGUGAGGAUGUAGGUAAGAGUGGGGGCACAUUGCGUGUUUCACUGUAGUUAUUAUAUAAACAUCUUCCCUGUAUAUUUCCAGAUGGUGGGGGUAUUCGUGGCCUCAUCCUCAUACAAGUACUUCUGAAUCUUGAACGUGUUGCUAAGCAACCACUUGUGAAGCUUUUUGAUUGGAUAGCAGGCACAGGUACCGGAGGGAUUCUUGCUUUGGGUCUCCUGCACGGUAAGUGCACUGAUCUCAUACUAAACUGGAUUCUGGAACAUAUAAAAAGUAGAUUAUAGAACGAGAUAUAUAUUUUGUUAAAUGUCAGGAUUUUAGGCUUAUUACUCGGUAGAAUUAAAUGUUGAUGGAUUUUUGUGGGGCCACAGGUUCGAUUCCUGCCAGAGGGCCUAUACACACGUAGAAACGCACAAGUUGUUACAAAUCUGUUCACAAGCUGUAUUCGCAUUGGUUGUUCCCAGUUGUUGUAACAAGUUUGGAACAAGCUGUUAACAACUUGUAACAAGCUUGAUAGCAUUAUCAGACUUGUUACAAGGUUGUUCUAACAAGUAUGAUACAGUCAUGAUAUAACAAGAAUGUUACAAGGUUGAUGACACAAGGUUGUAACAAUAUUGUUAUACCAUGACUGUAUCAGACAUGUUGGAACAACCUUGUAACAAGUCUUAUAAUAUCAACAAGGUUGUUACAAGUUGCUAGCAGCUUGUUCCAAACUUGUUGACAACUUGGGACAAGCAGUGCGAGCACAACUUGUUGACGGCUUGUUUGCAGACUUGCUACAAGAUGUGAGAUUUUUGCGUGUGUAGUCGCAGCUGCGAAAGGUACAUGUACUGUGCCGCCUCCAUUACUUUCAUAUUUUUUCUUGCAGGAAAAUCUACGCCAUAUUUACAACAACUUUACUUCAGAUUCAAAGACGAAGUGUUUGUUGGCGCGCGUCCUUAUCCGUCCGAACCUUUUGAGAAAUUCUUACAACAGGAAUUUGGUGCUGAUACCAUAAUGACAAGUAUCGGCUAUCCGAGGUAAACUUAUCAAUCGUCAGAGCAAGCGCUUUUCAACUCCGAGAUCGUGGGUUCGAUUCUCGUUACGGACUCAUGACACUUGUGCGAAAAGAGUCAGUCAACGCUCUACCGAAAGUCGUGGGUUUUCUCCGGGUACUCCCGUUUCCUCCCACAGGGAAUGUUGACAGGGUGGGUUGGGUUUAGCCCCUAAUUGACCCUUCCACCGUAGCUGUGCUUCGUGAUCAGACCGACGAGCCAUAAGGUGGCUGCUAGAGGCGUCCUCAGUAAGCCUUCGACUUGAUCAAGUCGAGCUGCGUGGCCUGCGUCCUUCGCAAUUCGGCUUACUGUAGCCUGAAACGAAGAUGAGAGUUAAUGAGAAUGGACGACUUGCGCUUUAGACUAAAUUUUAAUCUAAGUAUGAACAACGAAAUCUACCACCACAGCUAGAAAGAGCGUCUUGGAAUUAGUAAUAUUACAAAGUUUGGUUGCGAAAUGUUGUAAAAUACGGACAAUAUAGCCCUUCAAAGUCGGCAAAUUUGUAUACUUUUGUAUUACGUGCGUGAAUUGGUAACUAAAUUAGUUACCAAUUUCCGCACGUAAUAGAAAUGUAUACAAAUUUGCCAACUUCGCAGGGCUAUAAUUUCCGUAUUUUACAACAUUUCGCAACCAAACUUUGCAGUUUUUCUAAUUUUGAUAACUUCUUUCCAAAAAUAUCCUUUGUUAUUCCCAGAUUAAAAAUUUUUCUAAAGCGCAAGUCGUCCAUUGUAGUCACGCAUUGUUUGUUGAGUGUUCCAACUGUGUUUUAACCUAAAUAGAAUACAUGAUCGUGUUGGAUUGACAUUAAGAACAGCUAACCAAAGUCGCUGACUGUCAACUCUCAUGCACUCUCAUCCUCGUUGACUUGAGGAUGUUCAGCACACACCCACUUACUCAAUCUCAUAAUGAAAUUUAUAACUGCUGAAUCACAAAUGAAAUCCUUCUAUUUAGUUACUAACUCUGUUGUUUCUUGUAGAGUUUUGGCUACAGGCGCAGUCUCGGAUCGAAUACCUCCCGCCCUUCAUCUCUUUCGUAAUUUCUCCAUACCUGAGGACGAUAAAGAACCUGAUGAAAAUGCCAAGUUUCCGCCCCUCUCGAAACCAAAAGGUUAGCUACUUAGCUUACAUGCGUUUCUUUAUAUACUUCAAACUCUACAGUAUAAGGCCCCGUUUACAUGAGACCGGGACGAAGUCAACCCAGAAUGAAAAUUGAAAUUGUCAACAUGUUUACAUGAGACCGGUACGAAAAUCACAAAAUUUUCAAUGUAUUCCCCUUGCCAGGCAAUUAUCUUUUUUAGAUGGCUUUUGUUAGCAUGUGUUGUUCCAAUGUCAAGGUUACAUCCGAGACCAGUCUGAAAUCAUGAAAUGUAUUUGUGUUUUCAUUCAUCCCAGUCUGAAUUCAUGCCGGUCUGAAGUUAGCCUGCAUGGCAAAUCCCAGGCUUGCCCGAUUUUAGGGUCCGCCUGCCAUGCAGGCUAGUAUGAAGUCAGUCGACUCGCUCCAGCAGGCGGAAUGACUUGAGACCGGUCUGAGUUAUUUUCGUCCCGGUCUCAUGUAAACAUCUAUUAUAAAUAAUACUAUGAUCGAAACGAAAUGGUCCCGGUUUGAUUUCGUUCCGGUCUCAUGUAAACGGGACCUAAGGUCCUUUAUAAUUAUCAUACAUCCAUUCUCCUUUAGACCAACUGGUGUGGCGUGCAGCCCGAGGGACUGGUGCGACUCCAACAUAUUUCCGUGCUCUGGGCCGGAUGCUUGACGGAGGUUUGAUUGCAAACAACCCAACAAUGGAUCUCAUUUCUUUCAUGCAUUCCUUCUAUAAGAACGCCCAGCCGAAGGCGCCUCCACAUGACACGUGUAAGAAAGUCGGGCUCGUGUUCUCGCUUGGCACCGGAGUGCCACCGGAGGUACCCGUCACGAAUAUCGAUGUGUUACGACCGACAUCGGUGAGUGACGUAGCCAAGAUUGCUUUCGGAGCUCAAGCUUUGGUUGAAAUAUUGGUGGAACAGGUUAGUAGUGGAUGUGUUUUCUUUUGUGAAAUACGAGCAUGCCAAACCGAAUAUCUGUAAACACAGCUCCCGUCAGCCCAUUAACUUCCGAGUCCGUCAUGUUAGAGGAAACCAUGAAUUAUGAUCCUUUGCACGGCAUUUAGCAUAAUAUUCCAUCGUCUUUUCAUUGUUUUGAAAAUCCGACUGAUUUCCACGCCAUCCAGUUAUGAUCCAGCGAUCAGAAUGUUCCAUUGUCUUUUCUUGUUUUGAAAAUCCCACUGUUCUCCAUGCCAUCCAGUCAUGAUCCAGUGAUCGGAAUAUUCCAUUGCCCUUUCUUGUUUUGAAAAUCCCACUGUUCUCCAUGCCAUCCAGUCACGAACCAGUGAUCGGAAUGUUCCAUUGCCAUUCAAUUUCCAUCCAGUGACUGAAUGGCAUGACAAGCAGUGGAAAGACAAUGGCAUAUUCUGAUCACUGAAUCUUGACUGGAUGGCAUGGAGAACAGUGAGAUUUUCAAAAUAAUGAAAAGAUAAUGGAACAUUCUGAUCACUGGAUCAUGACUGGAUGACAUGGAGAACAGUUGGUUUUUCAAAACAAUGAAAAGACACUACUUGAGGAAAGCGAAGGAAACUGGAAAAUAUCUUCCAACAGUUAUAAUGAAACAACUGCAUUUUAACAUACACUAACAAUGUACCCCUCGAAUGGUACAAACAUGACCCUAAAAUAUAUCCUUUAAUUUUAGGCGACGUCGUCAAAAGGGGCAGUGGUAGAUCGUGCGGCUUCCUGGUGUGAGAUGAUUGAUGUAUUCUACCGUCGUAUGAAUCCACAGAUCUACUCAGGUGUCUCUUUCGACGAGAAAGACGACCAAGUCUUGGUGAAUAUGUUAUGGGAAUGUCAGGUUUUCAUUUUUGAACGACGCCACAUCCUAAAAGAAGUUGCUGAUCGCCUUACGUGAUACACAGAAGUAACUCUAAUUAUUUACCUUGUUACAGCUUUGCAUAAACUAGAUGGAAACAUAGACAUAGUAUGGCAGGCGUGAAGAACAGUGGAAUUUCUCAUUCUCCCAAACUACCACGAGUGUUUCUAUAACUGUAUACAAAAACAGGAAAAAGUACUUUCUACUUCGUUUAUAAUAUAACUCAAGAAAAGUUUCUAUAGCCAUUUUUUAUAUCGAUUAAUUUACAAAUUCUCAUUAACUCGGCAUAAAGUGCACUCGUUCGGUUGCCCGGGCUUUACUCCUCAAUUUGAUUAUAAAAUAGUCAAGUGCUCUAUUUAAACAGAGAAUUCCCAUUUUGUCUUGUGAUUCUUUAAUUCAUUUGGUUGUCAAAACUAAUAUUGUCACACAUUUUUUCAAUUACAGCGCAUGUUACUCGAC